CAUCAGCCGGACGAGAUCAUUUAAUUUAUAAUUCUAUAUUUUAAUGAUCAAAAAAAAUUACUAAACAAUUUAUAGAUUAACGAAUUAAUUAAGCCAAAAAAAAAAAUUAUCAUUUGUGUUGAAAAAUUGUGUUCUAAUUAUAUUGUGCUAAGAUGAAAAAGUGGAGAUGAAAAAAAAUGUGUAAUUUUUUUUAGAAAAAUUAUGUGUAAUGGAUUUAAUGAUUAUUAAAAUUUUUUAAUUAAUUAUAUUUUUGUGAUUAUUAUGGAGAAAUUUUUGUUGUUAUUUUGAUGGUAUAAUUGCUGAGCAAUAAACAACAAUGAAGACCGAGAACAAAUCAGAUAUUGAAUCAUCUGAAUUAAAUAAUAUAAAAAUUAAAAAUUCAUCAGUUACUGAUAAUGACAGUGAUAGCACAAGUGUUAAAAUUGAAAGUAAUGAUGGUAUUGAUAUGGAUUGUGGUGGUUGUGGUGAAAGAAUAAAAGAUAAAUUUUUAUUAUGCGUCGGAGGUAAAAGUUGGCAUUCAAGAUGUCUUAAAUGUUGUGCAUGUGCUAGACCACUUCAUGAACAACGUUCAUGUUUUCUACGGGGUAUGAGAUUAUAUUGUCGUCAUGAUUAUGCCUUAAAUUUUGGUGCAAAAUGUUCAAAAUGUGGAAGAAAUGUUGGUGCAGGUGAUUGGGUAAGACGUGCAAAAGAUCGUGUUUAUCAUUUGGCAUGUUUUGCUUGUGAUGCCUGUUCACGUCAGCUAUCAACUGGUGAACAAUUUGCUCUAUUUGAUGCAAGAUUAUUAUGUAAAGUACAUUAUCUUGAUGUUGUUGAGGGAAAUAAUACAUCAUCAUCUGAAGAUUGUGAUUCUGAGCAUGGUGGAAAAGGAAGUAAAACAAAACGUGUUAGAACAACAUUUACUGAAGAACAAUUAUCAGUACUUCAAGCAAAUUUUCAGCUUGAUAGUAAUCCAGAUGGACAAGAUUUAGAAAGAAUAGCACAUGUUACUGGACUAAGUAAAAGAGUUACACAAGUAUGGUUUCAAAAUUCACGUGCAAGACAAAAGAAACACAGUGGAAAAAUUAAAACACAAAUGCAUCAUUCAUCACCAUUGCAACAUCAUCCAAAUGAUCUUUAUCCUGGUAAUAUGGUUGGUGGUUAUUUUGGUGGAUAUCAAGGUGGUAGUGUUGGCAGUGAAAGUCCAGAGAGUCCUUUAACACCUUUGACACCCUUAACGCCGAUGACCCCAACGACGCCUACUCAUUUACAACAGCCCCAAUUCUGCCAUCAGUGAAGAAUUAUUUACGACAAUCAUUUAUUUUUUCUCACUUGAAUAUCAUUUUAAAAAAAAAACCCCAAGUGGUGCUUUGAAAAAAUGCCGAUUUAAAGAGUUUUUGUGUUGGUUUUUAUUCGUUGAGGAUUUCUUUUCUUUUCUUCUUUAUAAAAAAUGUUUUUUUUUUUUUUUUGGAGACUCAGGUAGUUUUCUUGUGAAAAAUAAGUGAGAAGAAAAAAAGACAAGAAAACAGACAUAAGUGACUAGAUGAAAACCAUGAAAACGACUUGGAAAAUAAAUUUUUUUUUUUUUGUUUCUUUUUUCUUUCUUUGUGUUGAUUUAUUUAUAUAACGUAUCUCUACAAAAUUUUUUUAGAAAUUUACGA